UAUUCCGGGAGCAUCAUCACCGUUAGGCGGUGUGGGUAGCGUUCCCGGUGUUGCAAAUCUAGGCUCUCUCAGUAGUGCGUUUCUUAGAAUAGCAAGUACUAGCGCUUCAGGAGACGUUCACUCGUUUUUGGAAAUCGGGAAAAGUGCAUCUACUACUUCUCGCACGAGUUCUAGAGGAAUGCAUCAUGCACAGGACCAUAACGCUGCAUCAGCUAACCUCUAUGACAACCUCUAUGACAAUCUUUCCCGACAUCGGCACCAUCGGAGAGCGAAAACUUCAUCUACAGCCACAGGAAGAUGGCGUUACAAUCCUCGGAGGCGGCGUGGUAGAACUGCUGCUAUAGCACGCAACUCUCUACUGCCACAGGUUUUGGACGCUGCACCAUCAUGGGAAUCUGCUAAGGACCUGCAACAUGAAGGUGGCGAUCAUGAACAUGACAAGGCAUCAAGUAGUACAGUAUUUGCUGCAGCUGCUCCUCCUGGUCCUGGUCCUCCUGGUGUUUUCGUGGCUGCUGCUGCUCCUCCUGGUGUUACAAAGGAGGUUCUUGAGGCGAAUGCAAUGUUGAAGAAGCUAGCUCCACCUGUAGUUUCAUCCAAGAAUACAGAUAUUCAACACGAAGUUCCAGAGGAAAUCGACGCUGCUGCUUCUGAAGCCGCCACUCUGCGACAACAAUUGCUCCAAGACCGUGAACAGCUAGUUUCGCAGAUCGAGGCGCGGAAAAAAGAGAAAGAAGCUAUUGCACUGUCAGAGAAGCACCUUCGUUGUGCCAGUACAGUAGUAGAGGAGACUCCACCUAAUGUCGUUACGCCUUUCUUGAAGAACGUAGCAGGAAUCGAGACACCUUAUCCGCCUCCUGUGUGCAUGAAUCUGCCGCCUAGAGAUUUCCGAGAUCUGGAGCACUUCGUGUCGCGGGAAAACGAGGCAAGACUCAGGGACUUCAAAACAUUGUAUGUGCGAUGCAGAAAUCCAAGAGGAGGUGGAGGUGAAGAAGGCGGCGACGCCAGGACAGUUGCAGAAUCUCCGAAUUACUUUGCUUCUUUGUUGUUAUUAUGUCCAUUGGGGUUGGUCACUGAGAUCGAAAAGGCGACCCCUUUCGAGAACAGGGGAAAACGAAGGGAAACGGGAGAGCUUUGAAGGGGGUCUCUUCUGUUCAGAGUCAGUGACCAAUGAAUGCUGAGCUUUAAUGUUACCACCAAAAGAACGUGCAAAGCUCUACGAAACCUACGAUGCUGAGAAAGCGGCAGAACUCGAUGCGGAGCAACAGAAAAAACUUGGCGUCGGUGACGCAAGUCUCCUUUACGGCUGUUUCUAAUCCUCCGUCUCUAUAAUAGGGAUAGGGAUCUUCCCUCAACCAUAAGCAUAAAUAAUACAACAGGGGAAGUGAGAGUCAGGGUGUUACUGAUACUGCAUCUGCAUGGGGAUGGAUUUUUACGGGUAGCGCUAAUGGAUUGGUGGUAAAGACGAGCUGAACGCAGGAGCCGCUAUCAGUGGAGCGUCUUUGUCAGGGCAGAUCGUCGAUCGUUACCGCGUGCUUGUGCAUGAAGUGCAACGAUGUCAGGGCAUAGGCGCUUACAAAGUCAGGAGCGCUCUGGAGACGGACGAACAGCGCGUAGCACACCAAGAAGCGAUAUUGAGGGAGCAUUUAGCUCAAAAAGAGUUGGGAGGAGGAAAACAAGCGAAUAAUGUCUCUGGAAUUCUAGUAGAAGAGGAUGAGAGGAGAAAAUGUCUAGCUGCAUUGGACAAGCUGAUUGUGAUUGAAGAUGGCGGCUCGGCGGUGGACGAAGGCAGUAAUGCAGCUCUUGGUGGGCCAGAUGCGUUGGAAGUGGUGACGGAAGUAGAUCAUGGUUCAUCUUCAUCUGCCCUCGGAAGUGGAAACGCUGUCCCUGCGACAACCAGUGGCGCAUCUGCAGUAGGCAAAACCUUCUUAACAUUUGAGGGUUGGAUCAAAGCUCCGAAGGAGUUUAAAGCUGAGAAAACAGCAACAUGCUCUGAGACGGGAGAACGGCCCAUGAGCGCUGGAGGGCAGGGGUUAGAUGAGUCCGUGGUGGACUUUGAGGAGAAACAGAUUCUAAAUGGUGGUAGUGGUGGUGGUAUUGGUGACAAUAGUUCAUCUGCGACUGCUGGUGCUGCUGCACGUGCACCACCGGACGCCAAUAGAGACGAAUCUGCACCAGCAGUACUACCUGCGCAGAAUGCGCCGGCGCCAGGUGGAGCAUCAGGCGUGAAGACAGGCAGCGACGGAAAAACGAAGAGUGGUCUCCUGGAGCUUAGCCGCGAUAGAACAAGAGAACCUUCAUCAGAAGUGGCGACUAGUUUCAAGGAUGAGGUGAAGGCGGGAAAGGACGACGCAAGAGAAUCUUCCAGCCCUGGUGGAGCAGAUGCUUCGCAUUCCCCAGAAGAAGAUCCUGAUAAAUACAUGAACUACAAGGAAGACCUGCCUCAACAGAAGGCAGAAACUCUAGCUAAAGCUGGCGCAUCUGGGGAAGGAGGGGGGAAGAAAGUCGCAAGUGCUGCUUCGAAAGGUGAAGAACCAUCUCCCAACUCCACUUUCACGUCUUCAGAAGAAGACCAAGUUGUACCUCCACAAUCAGGCUCUGCCCGUCGGCACCUCCUCAACCGUUUAACACGAGACCCGGACUCUUUUCUCCAUCGCUUCGUGGAUCAAGAAUUCGUGGAAAUCAAGGACCCGGAGCGCGACUUUCACCGCUUGCCAGCGGCCUGUGUCAGUGCCGACCACGCAGUGGAGUUCGAGUUCUGGCCUAGCUUGCCGCGUCGUCGCAGUGUCGAGCUUCCUCUAUGGACUAAGAGGAUCAAAGCAGACCGUGAUGAAGGGAUAGAAUCGGAAUUGCGCACUUGGCGGACGUUUAAAUCCUUGACGAAACCGUUUGAAGAGAAGGCAGCCGCCAAAAACAGCAAGUUAGAAUCCGAGGCAAAGCAGAAGAUGGCGGAACCAGCUUUAGGCUUGUAUGAAAAAACCUUUUGGAAGCGGGUUGGCGGCUUGCCAAACUUUGAUGUGGGAGAGACGAAGAAAAAUGCAGGUGCGAUGUGUGAGGAUGGAGUUGAACCUGGGAGUCAUGGUGGGGAUGAUGAAGAAGGUAGAAUGUCAAACUCUAGCACGUCUCUGCGUUGUACCAAUCCCCGACCACUCGUGAUUCCUGGUGUGCACUGCAAGAAGUCAGAGUGCACAAAAGGCGACCUCGAGAAGAGCUGUUGUGCAGAUACGGACUCCUUGGAGCCACUACAGGAUGAGAUUGACCUGCAAAAACUCGUCAACUCUCCAGAAGCCACACUCGAAGAUGUCUUCGGUUUUCUCACCGAUAAAACUUUGAAGAAGCAUCCUGCAUGGGAAGAUGACGUUUUUCCACCAUCGUCGGCAAAUGCAAUGUCGGAUCUUACUGCUGCAAAGGCGAAAAUACGAGAGGAUCUCGACCAUGAAAUUGAACAUGAAGUCUUGGGGGACCGCGAGAAACCCGCUGAUCCGUCUGAUGCGGUGCGUUCACUCCGUUACACAAGCUUUUCACGCCAGUUUCGUCAGGCUUUUUUGCGUGCACAAGCGGCAGGUCGCGCAGGCCGUCUAUGGGCGAGUCCUGAGGUGCCGCCAAUUUCUUUCCCUGAUACGAUGAAAAUGGCAAAAGAUUGGAAGACAAAGCAGGAAGGGAUGCGCAUUCCCGUAUCGAUGCAGCAACCUUUUCCGAUUCCAGAAGCCGAGAAGUCGAAUAUCAACAAAAACUUCGCGUGGGUCAAUCUACACAAAGUGCAUCACGUAGAACUCAAAAACGUCGGACAAUGCAAACCGGGGAAAUACUUCUUGGAAUGUAAACCACGCACUGCAGAGCAAAGACCUGUUGGAGGAGCAUCGUCUUCUUCGCGAGACGGCGUCGUAGGAACCGCGAACUACGAAUGUCGAUUUCGAUUUCGAGGAGAUAUUAGACAAAGAUCUUCGUCAAAGAUCCAUACUCUAUCUAGAGCAAGAGAGCUCGCCACAGUACUCGAAGCAGCACCUCCUAGCGCUGAUGGAACAGAAGUUGUAGGCCAAGAUCCACGCUACCUGUAUCCUCAGCGUGCGCCAAUGAUCUGUGAAGAUAUCGCUGAGAAGAAAAAGUGUCCCGCACUUCCUUGCGAGUGGCAAGCCGACAAGAAACGCUGUCGGACUCGCUGUGACCGACUCACCGGUCCGAGACAGCAUCUGUGCACAAAAACUCGAAAGCAGUGCAGUUGGAUGCCUAAUCCGGCAAUGCCUGAAGGUGGCGUCUGCGAAGAUGCGUGUGAGCGUAUUCCUAGUGCGGAUAAGUGCACCAGCGAAAGCUGCACCUGGGACGAAGGACAGAAACAAUGUCGAGAUACCUGCAAAAAUGUUGAAGAAGAAAGGUGUGGCCACGAUGCGCAUUACAGCCACUGCGAAUGGGAUAAGAAGCGUCGUACCUGUCAGGAUGUGAAAAGUUGUGCAGAAACGCCAGGUCCGGAUGUUUGUAAGCCAACCUGCACAGCUUGCUGGAAUCGCAGGGUGAAGAUAAAGGUGAAGGAGGACCAUAGUGGUGAAGGUGCUGCUGCUGCUCCUGCUGCUGUUAAAGAUGCUGCUUCUACUAGUGGCGACACUGUUGACGAUGAUCUUCAAGGCGACGAAGAAAAGGUGCUGAAACUACCAUCUGAAUCUCCAUCGUCUUCUUCGAAAAGUGUUAGUUCCAUGCUUGAGAAAAAUGAAGGUGAACUCGAAGACACUGCAGGAGACACUAGUAAUCAAGGCGUUCUUGACAAAGACAAAGCAGAUCAACAAGAACAAGAUGAUCUCUCACCAGAAGAGCAGUACGCUAAGCUCGAAGCCGACCUAGAGCCUUGGGAAACUGGUACUUGCGGUAGCAAGAUCAUGUCUGCUUUCAAGCAGUUCAAAGACCGACGGCAGAAGAUUCUGGAUUUGCGGUCUAAACUCAUCGCUGGGGGCAACGACAUUUCGAAGCUCAGUGCCGCUGAACAGGCGCGCCUAAAGGUGGAAACCGAUUUUGAAUUGAUGGAUAAAGCGCAAAAAAGCGCAAAAGACCUCUUUCCAGACGAAUGCGCCUGUCGAAAAUGCACUUCUGACGACCAAGAAGAGCAGAUCUUAGAUGGUUACCGCUUCUCCCACUACGGGUGGUUUGACGGGGCCAUGCUGUUCGGCAAAGUGGCGCACGAAAAAGCGUGUGCAGAUGUCUGCGAACGUGACACGGGAGAUCCGCUGUUGAGGUGCAAAGGAUUCACCUUCGUACGACGAAAUCAUUGGUGCUACUUAUAUCCGGACGUGGAUGUCGCGAGUGGGAAAAGUCAUGCGCGGACUAUCGAUGUUUUCCACGCGUUUCAUAAAGAGCGACACGAAAAGGAACUGGCGCAAGCAGAGAAGCAGCAUGCUGAAAUGAAACGACUCGCGAACGAUUCAGACGCCUUCAUGAAAUUGAUAGAGAAACAGGAAAAGGGGUACGUUCACGCAAACGGAAAUCUGAUUGACCGUUCUCAUCCGCCGACUAGUGGCUUGUCUCCGACUUUGAGCUUGUUGGAGAUUCGAAAUGGCACAAAGGACCACAAGGCCCCCUCGUUGGUGUCCGACUCACGCUCGGGUCUUGUUUCAUUGCCGCCACUGGUGCAUUCCGAAGGGUCUGGUCGUGCUGCUGCUCUUGCCCGAAAAAACCCUUAUCAUCAUCGAAUUCUAGGAAGCGCUCUUUUCAACGGACAGCGACCGCUAUCUGUUUCGUUGUUUCACGAACAAACGGCUUUUGCGGAAGAUACAGCCUCUGUCCAAGAGGCUCCAGCAGACGGCGCAAAAGAACCAGAGGACGAUGCGAAACCAGAUAACUCGGCAACUGGAGAAGAUCCCUCCGAUGCACCUUCCGAAGAAAAGAACAAACGUCCAGGCAAAAGAAAGAUCCCAGAACUACUUCAACCCAGAACCUUUCUGAAAUGUGGUCCACGUGCGUGUGACCGAGAGUUGCGCGAGAAAGAGCCUCGUCGUCAAGCAGUUCACGAAAGCUCGACUAGUAGCCUUGGCGUGGACAAAGAGUUCACCAUUGAUUAUAACAGUGGACUUCGUGGAUUCGGUCGGUCGGGCGGGCUUUGCUACUGUCCCUUGUCGAAGGAGUUUCAUUGGGUCGGCGAUGCGGGGUCUCACUGCGGUGAAAAGAACAAGAUGAGUAACCGUUGGUCCGAAAGAUGGGUGUCGGAGAAAGAAGUAGCUGAUCGAGAAGCGGAGGAAGCCGCGCUUGCAGCGUCGAAGAAAAACGAUAUCAAAGCGCCAUCCGCUCAUAGUGAAACAUCUGGAACUGCCGUUGCCGAUAUGGGAAAACUGUACAAGCAGUCUGGUGGUAAAAUGCUUUUCCUGGAUAGGAAUGGAACUAGGAGUAGCGCAAAUAGUAAGAGGAACGAACAACUAGAUCAAGGUCCGAUGAUGCUCGAACUAGAUACCUGUCAAGGCGGAACCUUGGUCGGGCAAUGCCAUGCGACGUAUCCUGAAGAGACGGCAAGGAAGUGGAGCAAUAGAGCUGUCAUUUGCGCUGCACCGAAAAGCAUGGACUGGGUAAAGAUUUUCAAAACGGACCCCAGCUUCGGAGCGGCGAAAGAUAGUACUCACGUCUUGCCCUUGGAGGACCCGGAGAUGGUGGCGGAUACUUUAGGCACAGAUCAUCAACGACCUGCGAUUCUGCGGCGAACCUGCAAAACCUGUGCAGAGCCUUACCGAGAACUCUAUAUUCGUGUGCACGACAAGACACUGAGUGGAACGUAUUUUGCACCUUUUUGGAGAGGAAUUUACCAGAUGGCGAAUAAAGGUGGAGUGGUAGUUGGUGAGGGUGGAGGCAGUGGUGGUGGUUCUGCUUCUGGAGAUGACGAUGCUGAGGAAGUAAAAUACUUAGACAUCAAGUCCGCCAACGGUCAGGAUCCAUCAGGUGCUUUUUCUGUCAGCGUCUUCAAGUCUUUCGAGGAUGCACAAGCGUGUCAAGCUCCAGGCCUAGUGCGCGAGUUCCCUUUACAGGAGCAUCCGUUGGGGUGUCAAGGCGCCUUCAAGUUCUGCAAACUCGCGGACGGAAAGCAUGCGUUUCCUUGGGGAUGUUUGCCGACUGCAGAAGCGGAGAAGGCGGCUGUAGGACUGGAGAAUAGUGCAGCAGAGGCUGCAGCAGGAGGGCCCUCAAAAAAAGUCUCUUCGUUACUUGCAAUAAGUACGUCAAAAACCUCGACUUCCUCGAGCAGUUUUGCUGCCGCUGGACAAGGAGAUUUCGGUCCCGUGGACCCCAACGCGCUGCCUUUCAACGACGAUGACGCCUUCGAAGAUGACGAUGGAGAUGGUGCUGCGGGGGCCUCCUCUAGUGAUAGCUCUGCAAGUGCUGGGGGUGCUCCUGUUGCAGGUUCUCGAGGUGGUGGACCAGGUCCAAAAACGCUAGAAGACCUAGAAAGGAUGCUAGGUCAAGACGAAAACGCUAUCACAGAGUGGAGCCUUUACCGCGGACAGCCUAAGAGCGAGCCUGACGUCGCCGCUGUUAGCGAUGAGUGCGUCAUUAGCUUCAACGCGAAAGUGAAUCAAUGUUAUGGAACAGAUGAAAAACUCAAAUUUUUUGUUCCUGAUUUUUUUACAACAUAAGCAGUACUAGUUUUGAGGUUUGUUUUCGUCUUUCUACUUUUAGGCUAUCCCUUCAUGCAAGUACUUCUUGUUUUGCAGCAGUUUCUCGGGCGUCUGUCUAUGUCGUUAGUUAUACUCUUUCUUCCCGCCACCUCCGGGGACCUCUAAUUCACGCAGAUAUCUCCACCUGGAGACCAGGAUAAGUUGCAGCCUUACUACACCGCUGACAGUAUCGGAGAUGAGGGUGGGAUUGGUGAUGGACCUGCUGCGAGCAAAGAUUUGUGGUUUCCGGUAGAUUUGAGCCAGAUAGAAAAAGCACCGCCACCAGCGAGAGUUGGGAGUAGUGCAGCUCAGGGCGCUGCUUCUUCUGCAGGUGGAGGUGCUGCAAGUAUGAAUGGGAGUGGCGUUGCUGCUGCAGCUGUGUCUGGUAGUGCGAGUCGCGCUGCGUCGGCGCCUUCUGCUCCUCCUGGUACGGAGUCUCCUGAUGCACCACCGACGUCUUUGAUUGAAAGGCAUGACGAAGAUGCUUUCGGGAUGAACAAUGAAGAUGACGAGAGUAACCUCUUCCUAUCAGUAGAUGAGCCGUUCCUUCCGAUCAAGAGAAGCGCAGCAGCUACGCAGACAUCAACUCAGAAGCAGAUAAAGGUGUUUGAAGACGAGCAGGUCGACGAAAGUGGCGAACAGAUGAUGCGAAAUCGAAAGCGAGACACAAGAAUGGAAGCGUUGGGCAAAUGGCUUUUUCCGCGUGAGGUCGCAUCGUCUACAGAUUCAUCGUCUUCAACUUCAUCGUCUUCAACUCUGCCCCAUCAUCAUCAUGUUGCUACGACAUCGUUCGACCCUCUCUCUCAACUUGUGGGACAGGCGAUGGGAGGCAGUAGCAGUAGUGCUGUAGGAGACCUUCAGUCAGCACAGGCUAAGAGCAGGAGUAUGUUAUCAGGAGUUCUCGGAAAAGUAGGACUAGGUGGAAUCCUGCACACGAAAAUUAACCUCACUGACCUACAAGCAUCAGCAGGGUUAUCACCUAGCAUGGCCAAUGCUUUGCCUGGUGAAGUGAAGAACCUGUGGCGAAAGGUGCGAGUAAAAAUCCCUUCGAUGGGCGUCGAAAAUGAGCCUUUCCGCGUUGUGAUGAAAAGGAAGGAAGAGUAUGUUGAUGAACUCGGAGAUGGAGAUGAUGGUGCAGCAGAGAUUUCGAGUACAACUGCACAAGAACAAUUAAGGCUCAGCUUUCAAUGGUCAUUGGGGUUGGUCACUGAGAUCGAAGAAGCGACCCCUUUAGAGAAGAGGGGAAAACGAAGGGAAAGGGGAGAGCUUUGAAGGGGGUCCCUUCCGUUCAGCAUCAGUGACCAUUGAAGGCUGAGCUUUAAAACAAGGAGAGCAAGAUCCAGACAAGCAGAACGCUGAAGAAAACGCGAAGUCAGUUGUUCCUAUCAGUACGUCCGCAGAAGAAGUCGCAUUGCGGAGGCGCAUGCGGCAGGUGGAAACGGCAACUAAGACACAUGCGCAGGGUCUACUGGAUGCUAGGAGGAGAGUUGAAGGACGACCUACUUCGAUGGAGAUGGAGGAGCAGCGGUUGAAGAAACGUGCCUCACAACAAGGUGCUGAGGGUAAAGACGCAGGACCACUAGCUGGUGUUGAAGAGAAGGGUGAGGAAGAUGAAGCUCUUCUACCACCUGUACCUCCUGCUGGCGAGAUGGACCCGUCUGCUACUGGGAUGAAGGCUCCUGAGGAAGAGACGGCCUUGUACAGCACUUGUGCGUCGCAACUGGUCUCUAGCGUGAUGCGGCAGACGAGGGAACAGAAAGCCGCUAUGCUCAUCGCGAUGGGUCGCGAUGAAAAAUUUUGGCAGUUUCUUUGAUGUUGUGCAAACCCUACCACGCGCAACGCAUAGUUCUAAGAACUUGUAUUCAUCACGUACCACGUCAGGACUAGGUGCAAGUGCUACUAAGAACUCAUCUUUCAUUCAGCAAUAGAAGCGG